AUGGCGAAUAACUCUUUGCCCAGUUAUGAAGCCUGUACACGGCCAGCCGACCCUUUCUCCGACGGCGUCUUCUAUAACGAGCGACCCCUGUCCCAUGCGUUGCCCCUCUUCUUGCUCCAGAUAGUCAUCAUGGUCUUCACAUCCUACGCCAUCUACUUCUUCCUCCGCCGCUACAACCAACCCCGCGUCGUGUCUGACAUAAUCAGUGGUGCUCUUUUAGGGCCGACUCUUCCGUACGUAGUGACUCGAGUGCUUACCUUCUUCCAUUAUCUCUUCGGCUUGGGCGGUGCGGCACCCGACUACGAGCACAUCAGACAGCGGUACCUGGGUACGGUUUUCCGGGCGGAAGGGCUUUCGUUGAUGCGCACCGCAGCAAGUUUCGGCAUCCAGAUGCACUUCUUCUUUGUCUGUGUGAAGAUGAAACCCGGCCACCUGAAGCGGUGCGGGAAGAAGGCCUUCGCCAUCGCCAUAUCCAGUGUGGUCGUGCCCUACCUCCUCCUUAACGAGCUCAAAAAGGUGUUCAAGAUCCGAGAGGACUACAUGAUAGAGGGCAUCGGCUAUUAUACAUGCCUUGACUACAUCAACAUGAUCACUUCCAUCAGCUCGUUCCCUGUGGUGGGCAGCAUCCUGGCGGAGCUCCGACUGCUCAAUACCGAGCUCGGUCGCCUCACCAUGUCGGCGUCCCUGAUCGCUGACCUGGGCAGCAGUUUCUACAUCGUCGUCUACACCAUAGUGACGGUGUCCAGAAACCUGAGCAUGGGUGCGCUGGAAGCAGCGAGCAAGAUGGUCGGCUAUGUCAUCUUGGUAGCUUUCCUUUUCUUUGUGUUCCAGCCAUGGAUACGGUGGAUCGUACGUCGGACCCCCAAGGGUGGCCGCGUCUGGGAGGGCCACGUCAUAAUGGUGAUUCUCGCCGUGAUCGCCAUGGGCGCCUUCAGCGACUCCUACCUGUCAUCCCACUGGGAAGCGUCCGUCUACUUGGGGCUGUUGGUGCCCGACGGGCCACCGCUGGGGACGGCGCUCAUCGAACGAGGGGAGUUCAUCCCCGCCGAGUUGCUCAUACCCCUCACCUACCUCAUCGCAGGCAGGUGGAUCGAUUUUACCACCGUCACACACCCCAAGAUGUCUGUGGCGCUGCUGCUGUACAUGUUUGCAGGCUACACCGUCAAGACCCUGUCCGCAAUGGUGCCGGCCAUAUACUUCAACAUGCCGAUUCGCAAUGCUGCCCUGAUGGGCCUCAUGCUCAACUUCACCGGCCUCGUCCAGAUCGCCAACUACAUGGGCUUAGCAGACGCAUACAGCGGCACUCCCGUACGUCCACAACCCUCCCUCGUUGCUCAUCUCUUCGACUUGACUGCCCUCUGUUCUGCUCACGACCUACUUUCUGCACGAUCUACGAGCUCAUCAUCGCUCACCUCACCUCCUCUUGGCUGA